AUGCCGACGCACAGCCCAGCGGCAGCACCAAUGCCCCUGACGCCCCCUACUGCACGCCAACGCGCCCCUGAAAUGGGAACACCACCUCCGCCUCGCCGCCGCCGCCGCCGCCGCAGCCACGGCCCUCGCCGGCACGGCCCUCGCCCACGGCGAACCACGCGCGCCAGGGCCCCUUCGGCCGCCGCCGACGCCCGAUUGGAUGACGCCCCACAUGGGCCCAAGGAGCACCACAUGAACGCCUGGGACGCCGCCUUCUUUCUUGGCCUUGCAGGAUUACAAAGGCAACGGCCUCUGGCACGUCGACGAGAUGAGCGCACCUACGGCCUCAUGGACGACUGCUCGCCCUGCUCGAACGCCGACGCCGACGGCACCGUCACGAGGGCCGAGUGGGACGCCUUCAUCGACGCCGGCAAGACGCUGCCCGACCUCGGCACGGGGCCCGGCCACCACGGCGACGCCGAGUACGAGUAUGAGAUUCACCACUGGGAGAAAAUACCACGACGAAAACACAAAGCUCGAGGACCUCACCCACCCCGAAGACAUUGA